CAAACCGGGCGAUCCUGUGCCUCACGUGCAUGCAGAAAGAAGGAGGCCAUGUCAAUGACGUCGCCAAAGUUACCAUUAUGGUAGCCCACUGACACUCAUGCUAUCACAUCCUCUCCAGUUUUUCAAUUGAGUUCGACAGCUUUUUCCAUUACGCUAAAAAGCCAAAAGUUCAUAGUCGUCACCUCAAUUGUGCGCAUUGCUGUUUUAUACUGAAAACAUUGCCUUUUCGUGAUUACUCCUCUUAUCAUCGUUUUCGUGUUCAUUUCCGUCGUGGGCCUUCAACCAUUCGUGAUUCUUGUAUUGUUCAUUAGCAAUGAUAUAACGUAAAUAAGUGUUGAUUGUCACUAUGGAAAGUGACAGAUCCUCUCAGUCAAACGUAAACGGAGAGGAAUCUUGUGAAGCAGAUGAAGGAGCUGCCGAUUCUUCUCCGUUCUCAUUCACCGUGGAUGAUGCCAAACGUGCUCUGUCGGACAUCCUCAGUGCGUUCCAUAAUCCUCAAAAUGCAACCAAAUUGAAUGAAGCUUCAACGGCAGCUGGAGACGAUAUGGUCAAGCAUAUGCAAUUAGUAUUCCCUAUGGCAACUGAUAUGCAACUUGAUGUCAUCACAAAGUAUGGCUUCCAGAAGGGUGGUGAUGGGCUCAUCAGAUUUGUGCAGAUGAUAAAAGCAUAUGAAGAAGAUGACCCAGAAAUUGGGCAGCUAUUCUCCCAAGUGAAAGCCAUGCUAAUGCCUCCAAUGCUUUCUGCUUCAUGACUGAAGUCUGAAAGAGAGUAAUCACAAUGAGAAUCUCCCAGCUGAAUUCCUUUGUACCUGAAGCCAAGUGUAUUUGUGCCCUAUUAUUGGAAUUUUGACAUGUGAUCUAGGCAUACUGCCAAUCCUUAGGAAGAAUUCUUCCUGUGGCUCAGGCAGACAGUUCUUAGCCUGCAAUCGUGGGUAGAGUGAUUGGGCACUAGCUUAAUAAACUUGCAUUCCUUGUGGCAGAGAC